AUGUUCGCAAAAAGAUAUGUGCUUUUGACCAAGCCCAUGAUAAUUCUCACGUUGGGGACCAAGGCUUCCUCUAGCGCCAAAUCCGGGUUUCAUCACCCCUUUGGCUAUCCCGCAACCCAAUUAUUCACAGAAAAGGUUGGCAAGCUCGAAUUAGUCAACUGUGAAGAUACUCCAUUCAUUCAAGUUGCAUGUUUUCACCCGGGAAAAGGAAGGUUCUGUCGGAAUCCUGGAACCUUCAGCAAGGUGUUUGACAUGACACUUUGGAUACUCCUGCUCACUGUCACGAUUUGCAUUAAGACAGAACAGGCCUUCCGAAACCAGACGCGAAAGGUGUGGUGCCAAAACAUACUGGCAACUGUGGAAAAUAAGCUACUAGAGAGUGGCUUUUACAAGUGCUUUGAUAGAUUGAAAGCCAAGCUUCAUUCCGAAGGCCCCAGAUCUCAGUCGAUUCUUACAUUUAGAGGACGGUCAAGACUCGGGAUUGCAACGAGAACAGUUACAGAUAGAUUUCUUUUUAUCGGUUUUGCGCUUGGUCUUCCUAUGUCAGCACAACGAAGGCAACAAGUUCGCAAUCUAUGGGAUCUCAAUAUUUCGGAAUUGCAUAACCACAUUCGCCGAGAGCACAAAAGUUUGUGGUGGACUUGGGCAUGUGGAAUAGCAGAAGGAACUUCUUUUUUUGCCAAUGCCACUGUGAGCUCUGUCAUGGACAAUACCAGAGACGCGAAGGGAAGAGAUACUUCCCGCCAACCAUCUAAAUCCAGAGAUCAACACGCCCCACAGGAGGAAUUUGCUUGUGGACGUACGUUCAUCCUUCAGACAGAGUCCUCCAAACCUGAGGUCUCAUGGAUUCGCCCUUUUUUGGCCCCCUUGAAUGAGAGAACCCCCGGGGAAGCAGUGCGCUUGUUGACGUCUGCCAUAUGUGAAUGCUUGCGACCUUUACAAAUGGCAGACGCACACAGGAAAAGUAAGGGGAGGAUUUCUCCUCAAUUUCUCGAAAGGUGGCAUGGAGCUGAAGUUUAUGCCUGGAGAAAUGGUAGUUUCGCUAUUUACUGGAAUCGAGGUGAGCGGCGUAACGUCACUUUCACCCUACGUCCCCCUCUAUCAGACCGCAACAAUAGCAUCGGGGUGCGAAAGUUCAUCUUUUUUACCCCCCAUGGCAUUGACAUUCAAGAUGAGUCUGGAACUCCUUGUCGGGCCCAGACAGGAACUUUGGGCUCCAAGAAUUUGGCCACGUUUCCAGUAUGCAGGCUUCAUCACUGCCAAGACAAUGCUCAUAUGGGGAACCAGCUUAUUGAGCUGUGGGAAAAAGAGACCGGGCUAUCCUGGAGGGACACAAUUGCCGAUAUAGCUUCCUCGCCAGAAGAUCGAGUGUCGAUAGCCGAGAGAGACUUCAAAGGACCCAGUUUAGGGCUUAUUCAUCUGGGAUGGAAGAGAAAAGUUUUGCUUGAGCCCUUUCAAGCCACCCCCGUACCAGCGGAUGCAUCUUGGCUUCUCUGGAAGUGCCUUCUGAAAUAUUGGCCGCAUGGUGGUAUUCUUUUUAUUGGAGAUCCGCUCAAAUGGCGUCGGACUGAUCACUUCUGGGGAAAGUUCCGAGAAUUUCUAGCAAGCGGAGAAUACCGUGACCACCCUCAUUUCACUUCCUUGAGUGCCUGGGCUCAUGAUCUGGCGCAUCCAAGAAAGACAGCUCAGUUGAAACGAAACCUUGAGCUCAUCUGUACAAUAAAGUCCCAGAGAAAGAUACAGUGCAGGGACUACGCGAGGAAACGAGUGGAAAAAAAGGAUGUCAAGAUUGCUGGGACGGAGCUAAACAUCUCGUCGCCACGUUCUGACAUUUCCAAUAACUCGGAUUUUUGA